UUUUUCCCCUGGCGCAGUCACUGCAAAGAAAAUUUAGUAGAAGAAGAACGCCGUGGAGCUGCUACAGGGGGAAGAAAAUGACAGGGCGCGCGAAAAGAAAGCUCAAAUCCAUGCAGCAGUCUGGGAAAGGUAACGGAGAGGUGAAGAAACCUCGUGCUGAUGACCCCGAAGCUACGUCCACAUCCAAAGUGUCUCCACAGCAACGUGAUGAGAUGCUGCAGCUCUACAAGCUACACAUGCCUGAAGACCUCUACCAUUUCUGGGACUUGUGUAAGGAGCUUUGUCCCGAUAACCCCUGUGGUGCGCUGAAAGACACACUUGGUUUACAGCUGGUUGGGCCUUUUGAAAUUCUGGCUGGAGCUCACAGAAACUGCAAGAACCCCUCUCCGAACUUCCACCUUCACUGGAGGUAUUUCUACGACCCACCAGAGUUCCAGACCAUACUGCAGGGCAGUGAGGAAAGCCAGCAUCAUAUCGGCUACUACAGAGAUAUUCCAGACUCCCUCCCUUGCUUCAUUGGGGAGAAUGAAGCCAAGAGCGGCUGCACUAUAAGACAGAUGGGCGAUAAUGUCUUUGCUGCAGUUCACCUGUUUCUGUUGAGGAAGAAGAACGAGAAGGGCAGUCAGAAAUCAGGGGAUUUUGAUAGCCUGGAGGCAAAGCUGAGAGAGCGAUCAGCGACUCUGAACCUCUCCCUAGAACAGAAGACCAAAGGAAUGAAGCAGCGGGACAAGAAGGUGGUCACCAAAACAUUCCAUGGUGCUGGCAUUGUUGUGCCUGUAGACAAGAAUGAUGUGGGAUACCGAGAACUGCCAGAAACUGAUGCUGCUCUGAAAAAGAUCUGCAAGGCCAUCACUGAUGCCCAGAAUGACGAAGAGCGCAUUAAAGCUUUUAAACCCAUCCAAGAGAUUGUCACUUUUGUUCAAUUUGCCAAUGAUGAAUGUGACUACGGCAUGGGCUACGAACUAGGAGUGGACCUCUUCUGUUUCGGCUCACAUUAUUUCCACAAGGUUGUCAAGCAACUUCUGCCCAUGGCCUACAACUUACUGAAAAGGAACUUGUUUGGAGAGAUUUUGGAGGCGCACCUCAUCAACCGUAGCCAUGACAACCUGGACCAGCUCUCCUCUUGUUAAAUAUGUCAAUUCCUUUACCAUUUCACCUCCCUCCUUCUACUGUUUGUUAGUGUUUGUCACUAAUUGGUUAUUUUGGUGCUGCUGUUUUUAAAUUGGAUAGCUACAGUUUUUUUCAAUGUCAAAUAAAGUAUUUUUUAUAUUUUUAACAAUUGUCAACCCCUUUGAAUAUUUCUGUAACUACUUAUAAUAUAGACUGACUGGGCAAUUUUAUAUUUCCCUUAUGCCUCUAUACAGACCAAUUACAAGUUCAAGCCACAUAUUUGAAACUAAACUGGUGGUAAGCAAAAUUGUAUUUUUGAGGUGUAAAACUUCUUUUGUAAUAAUCAUGAGAGCAUCAUGAACGUCAUUUGUAUGAUGACUAUAUCAGCACAUAGUAGAGUCAGAGCUAAAAAUCUUGGUAUCUUGCAUCUUCACUGAAAGAAAUAUGUCUACUUUUGAAGAAUUCGAACCUACGCUUGAAGUCAUAAUUGCUUUAUUCUAUUCAUAACAUCUCCGUAUUUCCUGGGCUCUCCAAGAUGUGGAUUUUUUCCCCCUGUCAGCCUUCAUUAUAUCAGCUGCUCAAUGAAGAAACCCAGACUUAGGUUGGGAGGCUUAAGGACAGAGGGUUGUUUUUAUUAUCUAAGGUCAUUCUUCCUGCUGUGAAUCUACUGUACUGUAUUUUGAUUUUCUUUUCUUUUUUUAUGUACCGGUAAUAGAAGGACAGCUCAUGCAAUUAACUUAACUGGCUACUGCAGCAGAGGACCUGAGGGGAAGAGGCAACGGAACACAAGCUUAACAGUAAUGCACUGAGUCCUGUAUGGUGUUGCAUUCAGGUUCCAUCGGAAGUGUCACAGAACUUCACUGAUUUAAGCCCCAGAAUGAACACUACCGAGCCUUGUGGAUUCUGACGCCGCACUGACAUCCAUCUUGCACCGGCUAAAGGACACACCACCCCCCCUUUUGACCGCCUCACUCCGGCUGCAGUCAGUCAGCCAAAGCCAGAGACAGAAUGUCU